UUUUACCUCUCACUUUGCAUUGACUGAAUUGGAUUGGAGGAGUUUACUUGGUAAGUGAAUUCUUCCUUCUAGUUAAGCAUUCAAUGAAACUAAGUAAUUAAAGUCUAGAAUUAUAUUAUUAGCUUCUUAUCGCAUAUAGUUUGUAGCGAAAGAGCGUUCAUCUUCUAACCAACAUUUUUCACCUUUACUAGUAACUUGCAUAUAGACAGAAUGGCAUCGAGAUAUCGCGUUGAGUACGCUUUAAAACAACAUCGAAAAGACAAUUUUAUUGAAUGGAUAAAGGGACUAUUAGCUGUUCCAUUUGUUUUACAGGCUGGUAAACCUUCUCAAAAAGAAAUUACCAAAGAAAAGGAGCAGGAAACUUUGGAACGUUAUGCUCGAAUUUUAAAAGACGUUGAGCACCUGAUUGAAAGUCACAUCGAGCAAACGGCUAAAGGCCAACAGUAUAGCCAAUUAAAGAUGCUUGUACCAACUAUUACUUCUUUCUGGACUCCAUUGCCUUUGGUUGAAGCUUUAUACGACCUCGAACCGAAGCUUUGUUUGGCCAAACGCAGUUUUGUGGCACCCAGCUUUAACGAUGUCCGUACGAUCCUUGGUGGUGCUCAACUCAGGUACCUGGCUCAGAACUGUCUUGAGAUGGUCAGUUUUGAUGGUGAUGUAACUUUGUACGAAGAUGGGCAACCUUUGCUUCCAGACAAUCCAGUCAUUUCUCGCUUAGUACAGCUUUUAUCAAAAGACAUUUAUGUAGUAAUUCUUACUGCCGCUGGAUACCCUAGUCGUAGUGGAAAAGAAUACAUGGAUCGGUUCUCGGGACUACUGCAAGCUAUUGAGGACACUGACUUGACCGACGAUCAAAAGCGAAGAUUACAUGUAUUGGGAGGAGAAAGUAACUACCUGUUUGAGUAUAAUCCAUUGCAUGGGUUGCAAUGGAUAGAAUCAGAGUCCUGGAUGCUUCCCAUUAUGAAGACCUGGCCGGCCGACGAAAUUUCUGAAAUCCUAGAUAGUGCUGAAACUGCUCUUCGUUCUUGUAUUAACGCUUUGAAUAUUGAUGCUCGAAUUAUUCGUAAGGAACGAUCUGUUGGCUUCGUACCCUCACUAGGUCAAAGACUAAGAAGAGAGCAGUUAGAGGAAACAGUUUUGGAAGUACAGACAACGUUACAAUUAAGGGAUUUUUCUGUUCCUUUCACUGCUUUCAAUGGAGGAAAUGAUAUAUGGUGUGAUAUUGGAGAUAAAAAGCUUGGAGUACGAUGUUUACAAUACUUUUUCGCCAUCUCGCAUCCUUCCAAAUGUUUACAUGUUGGUGACCAGUUUCUUUCAGCUGGUAAUAAUGAUUACAAAGCCAGGUCCGCUGCAACUACUGUUUGGGUGUCGAGUCCUUCAGAAACGGUAGAGUUUUUGGACUACUACUUCUCUCAUUUGCCUUAUCAACCAUGAUAUAUAGUCCUUUCUUCAGUCAUGACAUUCUAUUUUGCCCAGAAUAGCAAAGUAGAUACAAAAAAUUACUACCCAAAUUUUAUUGGUUACAUUCCUGUUUUUGUUUAAUUUUUCUUUUCAAAUUAUGGAAACAAUAUAAUUCAUCCGUCGAUUUUAUGUACAAGGAUAUGGUGUAGUUGAGCCAAGGAAAGCAUAUAAUAUUAGAGAUAGUUACAUUCUAAGCAGGACUAAAAACAUAAUAUACUAGAGAACGGGUAAUAGAAUUUACAGAAGUCGAAUUAAAAGGCGAAGCAAAAAAGGAAAUGCUAAUACAGGAGAAGAGGAAGAAGGGUUUGAGUAAGGAACUUAAAAAGGAAGAGUCAGCAAAAAUUAGAGCACUAUCGACAGACUAAUUUAUUUAUACAAGUCCGAUUCAAUCGCUUACACAACAACUGGAUAGAUAACAAUCCACAGGUCUGAUUUGAGGGCGAAGGAUAUGCGACAUUGUAAAAAUAGGUCUAUGCAAUAGGAUCCUCUUCCUUUUUCACCUCCUGCUUUAUAUCAUUCUCAGCGGGGGAGAUGGAAGCUGGAGCAGGUUGAUUCAUGGAAUUUUGGUUUUGAAAUCGUUCUCUAGCCCGGCUCAAGAGUUCUUCUUGUUGACGCAACAACUCAUCUCUAGAGACACCGGAUUGUUCAAAUUUGCUUCCUUUCUUCUCGCGAUUCUAAAAAUUGAUGUGUCAGUACUCUCGUAAAUUUUGGCAUAUGUUCUGCAAAUACCUUUUGCUGUUCUUUAUGUUCAGCAGCAACCUCUAAAACCUCACUAAUGUAUUCCUUGAAUUCUAAAUUUUCAAGUGCUUUAAUUAUAUGCUCAGCAGCGAUAGUCUUCUUGCUUUCCUUUUCACAUAUUUCGUUGGCCUCGCUGGAAACAAGGUGAAUAAACUCAACGCAGCAUUCAAUUAACAAGUCUCUGGUUUCUUUCGUAAAUGUUAGGUCUUCUGGAAGCAUUUCAGAAACCAUCUUUUGAACCGUAGCUUCGUCUGUUAGCAUAUACGUCGCUCCUUCUUCAUUUUAAUCGCUGCAUACCUUUUGGUAAAGACAGUUCAUCAUCUACGAAUGCAUCAUUCAUUGUAAAAUAUAAUUUUUCAUAAAAACAAGAUACUCUUUCGUGAAGUUCAAGUUCCCAUAGAAAUUCUACUAAAAACCUGAAUGAAGACUGUUUACCAGUAGGGAA